GGGUACUUUCCCGAGGAGCAGCUCAGGGACUAGCGCGCGGUGCUCUAGGCUCACUGGGUGGCCAAAGCAGGAGACUCUCUGGAAGCUGCUGGGGGAUGUCUCACUAGCCUGAAUGGAGCUCCACUACCUUGUUAAGAAGUGCAGCCAGGCAGCCCCGUGUGAUGCUGCUGACUGGAGUUCAAGAGGGCCUCCCGAGGACCAGGCAGAUAUAGCAGCCACCAGAGCUGCUCUCUGCUGCCAGAGACGUUGUACCUUGAAGCCAAGAGCACUGGAGAUGGAAGCAUCUCAACUUAGCCCUUCCCCAGCAUCCCCUUCCCUCUCACUGCAAGACAGUGCUAUUCACACAGACUCGUUGCCACCAGGACCUCUCAACUCAGGGAACAACCAGAUAACAGCAGAACAGAAAGUCUGCAACUGCUGCAGCCAGGAAUUAGAAACCUCUUUUACCUACGUGGACGAGAAUGUCAACCUGGAGCAAAGGAACAGACACUCCCCUUCAGCAAAAGGGAGUGAUCACCUGGGAGACCUCGGCUGGGGAAAUCCAAAUGAGUGGUCCCACGAGUCUGCCAUCUCCCUGAUUUCCGAAGAUGAAGAUGAUACCAGCUCGGAAGCCACCUCUUCAGGGAAGUCAGUAGACUAUGGUUUCAUAAGCGCCAUCUUGUUCUUGGUCACUGGCAUCUUGCUGGUGAUCGUCUCGUACGUUGUCCCACGGGAUGUGACUGUGGAUCCCAACACUGUGGCGGCCCGGGAGAUGGAACGCCUGGAGAAGGAGAGCGCGAGGCUGGGGGCUCACCUGGACCGCUGUGUGAUUGCUGGACUCUGCCUGCUCACACUUGGGGGGGUCGUUCUGUCCUGCUUGCUGAUGAUGUCUAUGUGGAAGGGGGAGCUAUACCGUCGUGACAGGUUUGCCUCCUCCAAAGAGUCUGCGAAACUCUACGGUUCCUUCAACUUCAGGAUGAAAACUGGCACUAAUGAAAACACCCUGGAACUGUCACUGGUGGAGGAAGAUGCUCUUGCUGUACAGAGUUAA